CUGACAUUUAAAGAAGCAGCAGCCAAAUGGAUAAUGUUUGCUCAAAGACGUACCUGUUAGUUCUAAAGGUCACGAACGCCUGUUUCACUUAGUCUCGAGCUUUGUGAUUAAUAAUGUUCAGUUGACCGCCGAAUCAUUGGAAAUCACUGGGCACAAAGGGCGACUAAGCAGGUCCUAUUGGCGGCGCACAGAAACUUCUCCUCCCGGCGCUCGGAGGAUGCUCCUGCACCGCGCUCAGUCCGGCCUCAUGUCUCCGUGCCACCCAGCUCAACUUUAAGAGCAGAGGACCGGUCCGAUUUAAGUCUUUUCCCAAACUACCGAAAAGAGGGAGAUUUUUUUUCACUCUUUCUAAUCUGAACAUGUCUGCAGAGGAGGCGUACGUGGCGCGCCCGUUCAGGUUGAUCGCGCUGUUUUGCGCUUUCCUCGCCCUGUGUCUGGACGCCGUGGCUCUGUGGAGCCCCUCCUGGGUGACCGCCGAGAGCUUCUCGCUGUCGCUGUGGGAGUCCUGCAGGAGAGCCGCGUCCGCCUGGCGCUGCACCUCCACGCUCAGAUCCGACUGGCAGGUGGCCGCCCUGGUGCUGCUCCUGGCGGCGUCUGCGAUGACCCUGUCGGCCUUCAUCGUCGCCCUGAUCUCGCUGUGUCGGGGCACUCGCAGGAAGUGCUGUCGCACGGCGGCCAUCUUCCUCUUCACCGCAGUGGUCCUCCAAGCCUGCGCGCUGGUCCUGUACCCCAUCAAGUUCAUCGACGGCUCGGUCCUGCAAACCUACCACGAGUUCAACUGGGGCUACGGGGUGGCCUGGGGGGCCACCGUCUUCAUGCUGGGAGGCGGCGUCCUCUUCUGCGUCCGGCUGGGCGCGUACGAGGCCCCCCUUUACUGAGUCGUACUGUAUGCGGCCGCACCCGUGUCAUUUCACCUCCAUUUUCAACCGAAGGAUUGGGCCGGUCUGCUCACUAUUCUUAGCUAUGGUGAGUGGCUGCCCAGUGCACAGGACAGAGGAUGAGGACCAGAGAGACUCUGGAGCUGGGUUUGCCCCCCUCCCCCGAGAUGCUGCUGGAGGGACUGAAGGCCGAGAUGAAGAGCCAGGACGUUCCUGAAGAGCCUGUAAUCCCAUCAGCAACAAGCGGCGUUUCUGUUCUGCUAUAUUUUUUCAUUAAUGUCUUAGCUGACGUAGCAAAUUCUGAUAUUUUCAGCCUUUUCCCUUCAUCUCCAGCACCUGCUGUCAGAGAUUCUGUAGCGGCGGCGGGCAGAUGGACGGAUGUGUGCGAUCGACAGCCAUUCAUUUCUGUCACACACCCUGCGAAUGACAAUAAAAUGUUCAGAUGCUGUGUG